AUGGCUCAGUUUAACGGCCUCGGUCUCCAGCUCCCAAACUCCAGUGGACCCUCCACCCCUCGACGCCCCAUCACGCCCGUCCCAGCUUCACAACCUUCAGUAACAGGCAUAGUCGUCUUUUCAGGCGGUAGCGCCGCUAACAACCUCGUCGAUGUCUUCGAGAGUCUUCGAGAAGCGAAUCACUGCGCCCUCAGCUACGUGAUCCCCAUCUCCGACAAUGGCGGUAGCAGUAGUGAGAUCAUUCGCGUCUUUGGUGGACCAGGUAUCGGUGAUGUGAGGUCUAGACUUGUUCGCCUUAUUCCCAACGAUGGAAACCCGGAGACCGCGGCUAUUAAGCACUUCUUCAAUCACCGCCUUCCCAAGAACUACGCUGUUGCUAGAUCGGAAUGGUUUGAGAUCUUGGAGGCUACGCAUCCACUUUGGGAGGACAUCUCGUCGCCUAAACGGGAGCUUAUCCGGUCUUAUCUCAAUAGCUUCAAUCUUGAGGUUGUGAAGCGCAUGAAGCCGAGUAGUCGCUUUGACUAUUCUGGUGCUAGUAUUGGAAACCUCUUCCUCACUGGUGCUCGUCUCUUUACGGGUAGCUUUGAGGCUGCUAUUUACCUAUUGAGCUCUAUCUGUUCUGUGCCGGAUAGAAUAGCGGUCCUUCCGGCGCUCAACACUAACUUUGCCAGUCAUAUCGCUGCUGGACUGGAAGAUGGCAUGAUAAUCACUGGUCAAAAUGACAUUUCUCAUCCCAGUGCUCCCACGGCUGCUGUACCUGGGACAUCAGCGGGUGUGCAUAGCCCAUCGGUAACGCGAAAUGACCCGUGGGAUCAUGAUCACCAUCAUGUAGAGGACGCAAACUUACCCGGCACACUACCUGCACUGCGACGACCAGCAAUUGCUUUCUCCAAAGAACAAGAAGAGGAUCUACCAGCCAGGAUCUCACGACUAUGGUACAUCAAUCCAUACGGUGAAGAGAUCAAGAUGCCCGCCAACCCAAGAGUCCUGGACGCCCUCCGAUCCGUGCACAGCGUAGUAUACAGUAUCGGAUCUUUGUUCACCUCACUAAUUCCCAGUCUCGUCCUACGCGGAGUAGGAGACGCCAUUACGAGUCCACACGUGCGCAACAAGAUUCUCAUCCUUAAUGGCACAACCGACCGUGAGACGGGACCUUCCACAUCACCCUUUACGGGAUUAGACUUUGUUGGCGCUAUUGCAAAUGCUCUCGCUGACUCACGAGGUCUGCCAAAACCUUCAGAAGAAGAGUAUAAUAAGUAUGUGACGCAUGUUAUUUACAUCGAGGGUCCGACGUCGCCGAAGGUGGAUAAACAGUAUUUUGGACAACUGGGUAUUGAUGCGACGAGGUUGUAUGGGCCGAAGGAUGAGAAGGGUCGAGGUGGGAGGUAUGAUGCUAAGGCGUUGACGCAGGCUCUUGAGACGAUUAUCGGGAGGAAGGAUGUUCGAUCGGAUAGGAGUCGACGAAAUACUCUCGUGGGGUGA